AGCAGGGAGACAGAGAGAGAGAGAGAGAGAGAGAGAGGGAGGGGAAGGGAAUGGAGAGCAGAGGAGCUUAGAGAGAGGAUCUGCAUUGUAAGUAGCUCUGAGAGUAGCAAGUGGUGGCUGUUUUUCAACCUGUUUUUGUUUUACCGAGGAGGCUGAGAACAAGAAGAAGAAGAACCAGGCAGAAGAGCACAGAUUAAAAAAGUCUGAGCUGCGAUUUAAAAAAAGGAGAAUAAGAAAAAGACGAGGGAGGAGAACGGAGAAAAGAAGCCGGGAGGAACACAAGGCAGCAAUGGAUAGCAGAGUGGCUCAGCCUGACCCUGGGAUGGCCUGGAUUCACAUACUGCUGCUGGCCACCAUCCAGCACACACACUAGGCUGCUAACACCAAUGAGCUCCCAUGUGUUCGUUCAGCCAUGCUCCCUGGGUAUGGAUUCUCACCUUUCCCUGAUUUCCAGCCCCACCUUUACGCUUUUCGCUGCCGAGGAGAGAGUCCUAGCAUGUGGAUCCCUGGCUCAGGAGAGUCCCAGGCCCUAAACGAGGCCCAGGAGGACAGGCCUCUCCUCCACCCGUGCCACCACAAGCAUAUCGCUGUGUGCCAGCAGGAAACACUGGCUUUUAUUGAGCUACAGCCGCCAGUGACUCCCAAACUAAACGGUCUUGGCUCUCCGAGGCCAACUGUUAUUCCAAACACACAAUGCACAACACACUCCCUGACCCUGAAUGGUUUCAGACACACACUAAAUGAACUGAAUGACAUGCAGAACGGCUGCCACAGGACAGACAAUGAGCAUGAAACAACACUGAAUUUAAACUCUGAUACACCUACAAGUGACGGUGAGCUUGAAUGCCAUAACGGCAUCAGGGCUUCUUUGCAGGAGCAGACUGAAAAACCUCACGCUGUCACAACAGUAUGUCGUCCUCUCCACGCAGCUCUUAGCCUCCCUCUGUCGCUCCCUCUGUCCUCUCUAUACACAAACAGAGACUCCUGGGAAUCUCAGUUACCUUGCUCUCCAUCUUCACCUGUUCCUGGGUUUCAGAGCCCAGAUUCCUGCCAGCCACAGAGGAGGACAUCCCAGGGUUCACUAAAAGAAAAGUCUAUCCGACGGAAGAUGCAGAUUUAUUCCCCAGAAAGCCCGAGCGACGAAUCUCUCAGCAGUCCAAUCCUGGAUGCAGACGACAUCUUCCCAGGACCUUUUGCAUCUUUCCUGGAGGAGGACCUUAGUGGAUUAUCUUCCCUGGAGGCCAUUUCAAGUCCUUCAUCCACAGACGGUGUUACUGAUCUCCCAAACUUCAGUCAUGAUGACAUUUUUAAUCUACCUGCAGAACCACUGCAGAUAAUAGAGGACUCAAUACCAGGGGUGGGGGAAGACAGUGUGACUGUAGAGACAUCCAGUGCCACGGGGGGGAGCUUCUUGUCACGCAGCCGCCAAGGGGACCAAGAGCGGCGGCGCUUCUCUGCCUCAGAACUGAUCUCUAGACUGCAGCUGUCUCAAAGGAAGAACUCCUUCACCUUGAAGCUGGGGAAGUCGCUGUCUGCACGGGUAGCCUCUCGGGACCGGCAGAGCUCCAACAGCCUCAGCGCCCACCCUGACUAUAAGUCCAACUCAAAACACCGCAGCUCAGGAGGUUCUAGUGACAGUGCCCCCCACAGCCCUGUAGGACCUGCACCUUCUCUGCUGUCCAGCAGUGACAAUGGCCUGCCUUUGCAUCGGUGGAGCACAAAACUCGGAAUGCGAAAGAAAUCCAUAGAGGAGGACUUACUUCCAACUGUUGCAAGUUCAAAUCGUUUAUCGCGGUUUUUGCCUAGCUCGAUUCUGUACCAGGAAUACAGUGACGUUGCCAUCAACAGAGAGAUCCAGAGGCAGCAAGGGAAGGAGCCAGGCACAGAGGAAGAGGGGCUCAGGGAUGAGGGGUCAGACGGGACCCCGUCUCCUUCCAAUCUCUCUCCAUCAAGCUCCUUCCGCUCAUCACGAGGCUCUGCUUUUGCAUUAUGGCAGGACAUACCUGAUGUUCGAUGCAGCGGGCAGCUCGACAACUUCAGCAACGAGGAAAGGAAAUUACAGGAGGCAAAGUUUGAGCUGGUGACGUCUGAGGCAUCGUACAUCCGUAGUUUGACAAUCGCAGUGGACCACUUUAUGUUGUCGCAGGAGCUCGCUGAGUGUCUGGGAGCUCAGGAUAAGCAGUGGCUCUUCUCCAAGCUGCCUGAAGUCAAAGAUGUCAGUGAGAGGUUUCUUCAGGACCUGGAGCACAGGCUGGAGGAAGACAUUCUGCGUUUUGAUGUGUGCGACAUUGUCCUGGAACAUUGCCCGGCUCUGCGAAGGGUUUAUUUACCUUAUGUAACCAACCAGGCUUACCAGGAGCAGACAUACCAGCGUUUGCUGCACGAGAACCCUCGUUUCCCCGGCAUCCUGGCUCGUUUGGAGGAGGACCCCGUCUGCCAAAGACUUCCUCUGACCUCUUUUCUAAUCCUCCCAUUUCAGAGGAUCACACGGCUUAAAAUGCUAGUGGAGAAUAUCUUAAAGAGGACAACUCCGGGCUCCCGAGAUGAGGACACUGCCACGAAAGCUUUCAAUGAGCUGAAAAAGAUCAUCAAAGAAUGUAACUCCAGUGUGCAGUCAAUGAAGAGGAUGGAGGAACUGAUUCACCUCAAUAAGAAAAUCCAUUUUGAGGGAAAGAUCUUUCCUCUGAUCUCUCAGUCCCGCUGGCUGGUGAAACACGGCGAGCUCCUGGAAGUGGACACUCAGUUGAUGAGUAUUUCUGGAUCAAAGCUCAAGUUACCCACCAAGCCUGUGUACCUCCACCUGUUCAACGACUGUCUCCUGUUGUCCAGGAGGAAGGACACGUGGAAGUUCAUGGUGUUUGUGCACGCCAAGAUAGGAGAGCUGAAAGUGAAGGAUCUCAGUCAGAAGCUGCAGGGCAUCUCAGGCUUCAUCUUCCAUCUGCAGCUGUGUGAAGGCCAGCAGCUCAAACAUCAGAUCCUGCUCAAAUCACACACCGAGAGUGGGAAGCAGAGAUGGAUCACGGCAAUGUUUCCAUCUGAUCCGCUCGAAGACAUCGAGCAAGCCAGCGAGAAUGAUGAUAUAUCCCAGGUUCAGUGCAUCAAAAGCUAUCAGGCCCAAGAGCAUGAUGAGUUAACACUGGAAAAGGCUGACAUUCUUCAUGCUAAGACCAUUACAAGUGAUGGCUGGGUGGAAGGCAUCAGACUGUCUGACGGGGAACGGGGCUGGUUCCCCAAAACCUACGUGGAGGAAAUCACAAGUCGCAGCGCACGCCUCCGCAACCUCCGAGAAAAUAUUCGCAUCAAAUGUGUCACACAGAAACUGGAGGGGGAAGACUAACCAUUUCUACUGCAACUUCUCGUGUGUCAAAGCUGCAUCUCAGUUUCAAAUUCGCGUUUUUAAGCUUCUGGAUCUAAUUCUGAUUUUAAUUGUAAACCUACAUAUGUAUGCAGUAUGCAGUAUGCAAGUGCUAAAACAAGCCAACGUGUUCUUCACAUGGAUGCCAAACUGUGUAUCAGCAUUUUCCUUUAGCAUGCUAGCUGGGAAUAGGUUAUGAAAUGAGAGUGCAAAGCUUUCAAUGCUCUUUUACAGCUUUAGUUUUAAAGGCUUUUAUACAAUAAGAGUCAAAAGUUCACAUUUUUAACACUGAAGUUUCUAAACUUUGUAGGGGCAGUUGCUUUAUGUAUGGUUUCUGUAAAUGCAUUUCAUUACCAUUUCAAAGUCUGGGAACAUUUUCUGGCAUCUCUGUGGUAAAUGUGGUAUAUAUAUACAUGUGCAUUUUCCAGCACAAGUAGUAAAUGUGAACAUAUCCAAAGGUAAAUGUGUACAUUUCUAGGUUUGUGUCAGAGGAGAACAGUAAAACAAGGCUAACUCGCUUUAAAGUGGUGUCUCAUGUGGCCAGAAUCCCUUUUUGCACUGUCUGGUGCAGUCAGCUGAGCUCUGUGAGAUGCAGGAGGAUUCAUUCAUAUAAUAUCACGGCAGAAAAUCGCUGGAGGCAAAUCCUGCUGCUGAGCUGCAUUAGGACACAUCAGAGGCCUUUGUCUUUGUUCACACUGAGUGCUACGUGAUUUUCAGGGGCCAAAUGGGAAGCUUUUCUGUUGUGCAGUCCACGUAUUGAACAAAAAAGAACACUAGUUAAGAGAGGAAAUUAAAGCCUGAUGUGUUUAUUUGUUUUUGUCCAUCCAAUAUCUGAUACACUACAGUGCAGCAGUGUCCAGCAGAUCAUUUCCAUCCAUGUGUUAAAAGAUGUGGAUUGUUAAAACAUCUUUGUCACAGCACCCUCCCUGUAUGUGCUGUGGUCUGUAGUAACAAUUUGGACUGCGUGAACUCUGAUGGUUUGCCAGUCAAGGCAACUGCAAAUGAUGAUUUUCACGAUUCUACUGUAACAUAAAUGAAGGACAGACUUUCCUCUUUACACAAACACUUUCUGACAAAAGGACACAUUCUUUAUUUUUGUUUUUGUCAACAAAGUCCGUGAAAAUACCAAAACCAACAAUGAAUUGAUUCUACUGACAAGAACUGAGAAUUGUGUGUGAGCUAUUAAAAACACAUUAGUUCAGUGAGCCACACUAACAUGUUCCUUCAUUACCCUGAACACACUGUAGUCUUUUUUUUUAAGUUAUUUUUUUGGCCUUUUCUUGACUUUAUUUUUAUAGAGACAGCUGUAGAGAGAUAGGAAAGGUAGAUGGAGAGAGAGGGGAUGUCACACAGCAAAGGGCCACAGGUCAGAUUCUGACCCAGGCCGCUGCAGCAACUCCAUGUAUGGGUUGCCAGCUCUACCGACUGAGCUAACCGGGCGCCCUGAAUACACAGUAGUCUUACCGCCGUGCUGACGUAAAUACUGACUAAAGCACCAAAUGUGUAUUAAUCCAUCACUAAAAAUAGUCCCCAACAAAUGCACUAUUCACUCUUGUUUGAGUAACAUUAACUAAAAACUACAGCUGCCCAGCUGUUUUAGGGAAUGAUUUACCCUUUUUUUUACAAAUUUAACUAUAUAUUUGUGAUUCAUUUUUAAAGAUUCAUGUCUUCAGUAGGAAUUGGUAAGCCUAACCAAUAUGUUUUUGUUGCCCAAACCUAACCAAACUGUCAUUUAUUUUGAAAGUGUGACCAGACGUUUCAUAUUUAUUAUUGUCAGCGGAAUGAGCAUGUGUUGAAAACGUGACACUGCCAAAUGUGUGUAUUGCACACUUUAGCAUGAUACUUGGUUGACGAGUUGCGCUUGUCACUGAGUGUCGCAGACAGGUUGGCUGUUGUUGGUUAUGGUCUUUUCAUGACAUUUGUUGACAGGAAUUAAACCACCGGUGUCCUUUAAAAAAACAGGAAAUGGACACCAAGCAGAUUCAUCUUGGGAUGAUUGUACAUUGACCAGCUGUGUGGCUUACAUGUACUCAUUUUAAAACUUUGACCAGCCCCAGUUUAAUAAACGUCAAACAACAUUAUUGAUUUACACUAAUCAUAAAGGAUUUAAGUAAUACAGUCAGACACUGAGCACUGAAUGACAUUUAGGGCUCCAUCUUUCACAUUGUUCUCCUAAUUAAGUGUAAAAAUCCCCAAAUGACCAAAAGCGCAGUGUAACUGAGCUGAGACCUGUUGUUAAUGAACCACUAUAAUCAACGUUCAAACUCUUCCAGUGGCACAUGAAAUGUUUAUAACCCUUUUUUUCUAUAUCUGCGUUGUUAGUUGUAAUUUAAGUGGUUGCUGUUGCAGCAUGUGUAUUUAUACUCCUCUAGCUGGUUGUUCUCUAAGGAGAUUCUGAUGUAAAUUACUUUACUGUAGAUGGCUUCAUGUAUAAAGAGUAGAAAAUGGUUCUGUAAUUUAUAUGAACAAAGAUUCAACAAAUAUUAUAACAUUCCACAACUAUAAACCUUUCAGUUUGAUUAAUUUCUAAUACCACAAUAAAUAUAAAUACUGAAAUACACUGGAUGUUUACUGGAUCUCUGCUCACUACUGUAAAUGUUUAACUGUUGAAAUAAAUACAGGUACUUCCAGUUUA